AUGGAGGCUGCGCAGGCAGCAGCAUCUGCCCGCAGCCCUGCCCAAGCUAUUGGGGUGGAUAGCAAAGUGGCCAGCUUUUUGGAGCCAUUUGGUUCGAGGAUGAUUCUUGCACAGGCUCAGCUCCAGGACUAUGUGGUCAGGUUGGCAGCGAUCCCCGCCAUCCAACACCCCCUGGAGUACAUUGCAGAGGUCGGCAUCGUGCAGGAUGUCUCACACGCAGCUCUGGGCCAGCGGAAGAUGUCUGCAGAAACCAUGCUGUGGCUGUUUCUGAUGCUGGCGGGCUUGGCGCUCUUGGCGCUGGUCAUCGUUCCUAAGGCAAAGCUGCAAGUAUGGGGUUUCUUCUACUUCUUCUUGGCACGUGACAAGAAGCCGUGCAAACCAACCGACAUGAAGCUGGACACGUCUUCGCCGAACUGCAAGCGCAUGAAGAUCGUGUUCAUCCGUCAUGGCGAGUCACAGUGGAAUUCCGUGUUUAACCAGGGAUGGAAGAUAUUCUUGCCUUUCCGACUUGUUCGAGCUUUGAUAAGGGAGGCCACGAUGACAUUCCAAAGAGAUUCCAUUUUCUAUGAUUCACCGUUGAAUGACAAGGGCAUCCAGCAAGGCUGGGAUUUGUUGGCGUUUCUGACCUCACAGCCGGCAGGUUGCCGAGAUCCUGGAGCUUGCCAGAAGCCUGCGGAGCAGCUCCAGGUGGAGGAUAUUGUUUCCAUGAUCCGCGGCGAUGCGGGUGAAAGCAUUGUAGUGUCCUCCAUAUUGCGGAGGGCAGUGUCCACCAUCCUGCUAGCUUUGAGUCCGCGAUUACUUAAAACGACAUUCGCAAAAGACCGCGUUCACUUGAUGACUUCUCUGCAGGAAAUCAGUAGAAAUGUUGACACGCUGUCGGUCACACCGGCUCGGUCAAUUCCGAAGUGUCCCCCGGAUGAGGCCAAGAUGAAGAACAUGGGUGAUCUUAUGUCCCAUUGGUACAAAACACGACUCGAUCAUCGCCACAACCUGGGCAACAAGACCUUGUCCAUGAAGGCAGACAAGCGUCAAAAACAGUUUGUGAAGUGGGUGUUCGAACAGAAGGAUGUGGACUGCAUCAUUGUCGCCGGUCAUUCGCUGUGGUUCCGCGAAUUCUUCAAAAGCUUUAUGCCCAAGUCCUCAACGCACGUUGCCAAGACCACGAAGAUGGCAAACUGUGCUGUUGUUGCCUUCGACUUGUACCGAAACAUCCAGCACUCCACAGAAGUUAUUCGCAUCCCACCAGAGAGCAUCAAGGAAAUCUACGGUGGGUUUGAGGUCAAGGGCAAGAAGAAGAAGGCUUGA